AUGUCGGAUCCGGCCUCCGCAGAUGCGGCUACAGCGCCAGACCUGGCGUCGAUCACGAAGAACGUCGAGAGAAAGAAGGCCAAGCGGCUGGAGAAGGAGGCCAAACUAGCUGCAAAGGUCGCCAUGGCGAGAGCUACAUCGAGUUCGGGUGAGAAGAAGGCUAAGCCAGCGAAGGAGAAGAACAAGGAUGAGGAGGCACCUUUCGUUAAUACCACGCCCAAGGGAGACAAGAAGGAUGUCUCGCAGCCCAUGGGUAGCGGCUACAACCCGAUCGCUGUCGAGGCAGCUUGGUACGACUGGUGGGAGGCGCAAGGGUAUUUCAAGCCCCAGCUCACACCAGCUGGCAAGGUCAAGCCAGAAGGCUCAUUUGUCAUUCCUCUCCCCCCUCCCAACGUCACGGGUAGCUUACACAUCGGACACGCCUUGACCGUGGCUAUUCAGGACACACUCAUUCGAUGGCAACGUAUGCUCGGAAAGACGGUCCUGUAUGUCCCUGGAUAUGACCAUGCUGGCAUUUCAACGCAAUCUGUGGUGGAAAAGAGAUUGUACAAAACGUCGGGCAAAACAAGGCAUGACUUGGGGCGUGAAAAGUUCCUCGACACUGUUAUGGACUGGAAGGAAGAGUACCAGGCUCGUAUCACGAGCCAGUUAAGACGCCUGGGGGGCAGUCUCGAAUGGGACCGUGUGGCAUUCACCAUGGACGAGCCACGGUACAAAGCAGUCAUAGAGAACUUCUGCAGCCUCCAUGACGCUGGCCUCCUCUACCGCGCAAAUCGACUUGUCAACUGGUGCGUACGUUUGAACACGACUCUCUCCAACCUCGAGGUCGACCAAAAAGAGCUUACCGGGAGGACAUUACUCAACGUCCCUGGGUAUGAUGCAAAGGAGAAGUUCGAGUUCGGAGUGAUCACCUCUUUCGCAUACCCCAUUGAAGGUUCCGACGAGAGAAUCAUCGUGGCUACGACGCGUCCCGAAACCAUGCUGGGUGAUACUGCUAUUGCUGUCCACCCGAAUGACCCUCGAUACAAGCACCUUCACGGCAAAUAUGCCGUCCACCCCUUCAAUAAGAGGCGGAUACCUAUCGUUACGGACGAGAUCGCCGUCGACAUGGAGUUCGGUACCGGUGCCGUGAAGAUCACGCCCGCGCACGACUUCAACGACUACGAGGUCGGUGUCCGACACAACUUGGAGUUCAUCAACAUCCUCAACGACGACGGGACGUUCAACGCCAACGCGGGCGAGAAGUUCAAGGGCAUGAAGCGGUUCCACGCCCGUGUGGCCGUCGUCAAGGAGUUGCAGGACGCGGGCCUCUUCGUCGAGGCCAAGGACAACCCGAUGCAGAUCCCCGUAUGCAGCAAGUCCGGCGACGUCAUCGAGCCCCUGCUCAAGCCACAAUGGUGGGUGAACUGCAAGCCGCUUGCCGAGGAGGCAAUUCAGCGCACGCGUGCGGGCGAGAUGGUGAUUCAGCCCAAGUCGUCGGAGACUCAGUGGUACCGAUGGCUGGAAGGUAUCCAGGACUGGUGUAUCUCUCGUCAGUUGUGGUGGGGCCACCGGUGUCCGGCGUACUUCGUGCGGAUAGAAGGCCUAGAGCAGGAUACAAGCGACGGCAAGUCCUGGGUUGUAGGCCGGUCGGUGGAAGAGGCCACCGAGCGCGCUCAGAAGCUCGCUGGUAAUAACAAGUUUACCCUGGAGCAAGAUGAGGACGUUCUCGAUACCUGGUUCUCCUCUGGUCUGUGGCCGUUCUCCAUUAUGGGCUGGCCAGAGCAGACUUCAGACUUCAAGAUGUACUACCCGAACAAUGUACUCGAGACCGGCUGGGACAUUCUCUUCUUCUGGGUGGCACGCAUGGUCAUGCUCGGCAUCCACCACACCGGUCAGAUGCCCUUCAAGGAGGUCUUCUGUCAUGCGAUGAUCCGGGAUGCGCACGGCCGGAAGAUGAGCAAGUCGCUCGGCAACGUCAUCGACCCGAUCGACGUUAUUGAGGGUAUCGCUCUCGAUGACCUGCACCUGAAGCUGUACGAAGGCAACCUCGACGAGAAGGAGAUCGCGAAGGCGAAGACGGGCCAGAAGAAGGACUUCCCGAAGGGUAUCCCGCAAUGUGGCACGGACGCUCUCCGCUUCGCGCUCUGCGCCUACUCGUCUGGAGGUCGCGACAUCAACUUGAGUAUCAUGCGUGUCGAGGGCUACCGCAAGUUCUGCAACAAGAUCUUCAACGCGACCAAGUUCGCCAUGCUGAAGUUGGACGAGGAGUUCGUGCCAGAGCCAGUUGCGCGUCCGACAGGGAACGAGAGCCUCGUAGAACUGUGGAUCUUUGACAAGCUCAACCUCGCCGUGGACAAGCUCAACCGUGAACUAGAGCGCCGCGACUUCUUUGAAGCAACUAUUGCUGUGCACAACUUCUGGCUGUAUGAGCUGUGCGACGUCUACAUUGAAGCGAUGAAGGCUAUGACGGACGAGUCUGCCUCGCCCUUAACCCGGAAGUCGUCGCAACAGACGCUGUACACAUGUUUGGACUACGGCUUGCGCAUGCUCCAUCCUUUCAUGCCAUUCGUCACGGAAGAGUUGUGGCAGCGCCUCCCGCGCAGACCAAAUGACCCUACCCCAUCGAUCAUGGUAUCCUCGUUCCCCACAUAUGACAAGGCCUUCACUUUCCCUGAGGCCGCCAAGGAGUUCGGGCUGGUGUACGAAGUGGCCAAGACCGGCCGUUCCCUCGCCGCACGAUAUAACCUGCAGAAGGAUAUCCAGCUAUUCGUACGUAUCGAAUCAGACAAGGACGCUAUGCUCGUGGAGGGCCAGCUCCCGACCAUCCUGGCGCUCACGAAGAACUUCAAAUCUGCGAAGGUUGUGCGGACACUUGAGGAGAUCCCCGCUGGCUGCGGCUCCGAUGUUAUCUCCUCCACGAUUGUCGUGUACAUCCUUGUGCGGGGCCAGGUCGACCUGGACAGUGAGAUCUUCAAGUCUCAGAAGAAGCUGGACUUGGCACGGAUCAACCUCAACAAGGCACGGAAGAUGGAGUCGCCCGCUGAUUAUGAGCAGUCCGUCCCCGCGGAUGUGCGUGCGGCCAACGAAGAGAAGCGGAAAUUGCUUGAGACCGAGGUCGACAACUUGGAACUAUCCAUUGCGAUGUUUGAGAAGCUGAAGUGA